AUGGUAGAGGCAAAAGAGGUCGCUCCUGCCUCGAGCGAGAGAGCCGAGCCUCCUGCCGCGGGCGAGCUCAUCGUCGCUCCUUCUUGUUCUGGAGAAGAUGCCACGACACCUCCAAAGGCGUCGGAGCCCAAGGCACCGUUCCACGCCCAGCUCUUCACCUACUUCCGCCUCCUCUUCUACGCCGAGCCGACAUGGUUCGACAUGCUGCUCCUCGCCGUCGGCACCGUCGCCGCCGUCGCCUCGGGGGUGCCCUUUCCCGUCAUGGGCAUCAUCUUCGGUGAGCUGCUCGACAACCUCAACAAGGCCUCGUGCGAGAUCCAGGACGCGCUGUCGCCGGGGCAGACGCAGACGGACAUUAACCGCAAGGUGCUCGUCAUCGUCUACAUCGCCGUGGCCAAUCUCGUCGCCAUCUUCGUCUACGCCGUGUCGUGGGGCCUGUUCAGCCGCCGGCUCGAGGCGCGCAUCCGGGAUCGCUACUUCAGGUCCUUGCUGCGGCAGGAUGCCACCUUUUACGACUCGCGCCCCGCCGGCGAGCUGUCGUCGAGGCUCAACUCCGACAUCCAGCUCGUCCAGUCCGGCACGUCGGAAAAGGUCGGCCACUGCAUCGGCUGCACCUCCUUCUUCAUCUCGGCCUACGUCGUCGCCUUCAUCCGCGACCCCCCGCUGGCCGUCAUCUUGCUCUGCCUGAUCCCAGCCUUCCUCCUCAGCGCCACCGUCGGGAGUGCCUUUGUGCAAAAGUUUGCCGCCCGCACCUCGGACGCCAUCGCUUCCGCCUCGGCCAUUGCCCAGGAAUCUCUGUCCCACAUUGCCGUCGUCCAAGCGUUCGGCGCCGGUCCGCGUCUCGAGGCCAAGUUUGCCGCCCGCAUGCGCCAGGCCCAAGGCCACGGCAUCCAGAAAGCCGUCACGGUGGGCCUCCAGGCUGGCGCUCUCUACUUCAUCGCCUACUCGGCCAACGCCUUGGCCUUUUGGCAGGGCAGCAAGCAGAUCGCCAGGAUCGUCGAGGGUGAAGCCGGUGGCGUCUCGGUCGGGAGGGUCUACACCGUCAUCUUCCUCGUCGUCGACGCUUGCGUCAUUCUCGGAUCCGUCGCGCCGCUCCUCCCGCUCCUCGGCGCAGCCUCAUCCGCCUUUGGGAAGCUGCGUGCCGACAUCGACAGCCGGUCGGCCAUCGACUCGCAAUCCGAAGCCGGCGAGAAGCUUCCGACGUCGAUUGCCGGCACCGUCGAGUUCCGCGACGUCGAGUUCGCCUACGUCUCGAGACCCGAGCGCCCCGUCCUCAACGGCGUCUCCUUCACCUGCCCGGCGGGGAAGCACACCGCUCUCGUCGGCCUUUCCGGCAGCGGCAAGUCCACCGUCGCCGGGCUCGCGGCCCGCAUCUACGACCCGUCGCGGGGAACCGUUUGCCUCGAGGGCCGCGACCUACGCACCCUGAACGUCAGGAGCCUGCGUAGCUUCAUGAGCUUGGUCCAGCAGGAGCCUUCCCUGCUGGAUCGCUCCGUCCUGGAAAACGUCGCUCUCGGAAUCCUCAAUUCUCCUUGGCCGGCGCAUGAGCGAUUCCGUCCCAUCAUCCUCGGUCCGCACCUUGCCGACGUCGCCGCCCGCGUCAGGGACGGAGAGCCUCUGUCGGAAGCCGCCCUAUCGCACGGUCAGCACAUGGUGGACCUCGUCGAGCUCGUCCGCCAAGCCGCCUCCUUGGCCGACGCCUCGUCCUUUGUCGAAGGGCUCGAGGGCGGGUACGGCACGCACGUGGGCGCCGGCGGAAAGCUCGUCAGCGGCGGCCAGCGUCAAAGGAUCGCCCUGGCCCGCGCGCUCAUCAAGGACCCCAAGAUCCUCAUCCUCGACGAGGCGACGGCUUCGUUGGACUCGGCGAGCGAGCACCGCAUCCAGGUAGCCGUCGAGUCCAUCGCCAAGGAUCGAACCCUCAUCGUCAUCGCUCAUCGUCUGUCGACGAUCCGAAACGCCGACAACAUCAUCGUCAUGCGCGACGGGGGCAUCGUCGAGCAAGGAACCCACGCCGAGCUCAUGGCCUCGAACGGCUCCUACGCCGCCAUGGUCCGCCUCCAGAGCGUCGACGCCAACGACGGCGACGACACUCCGUCCCCGACGAGCACCGCCAGAGGCGGCGACGACACCUCGGCCGAGAAGGAUUCAAUUCUGGAGGAGAAGGCGGCCGAGGCGGGCCAGGCACCGGACGAGGCGGCCGCCGAGGGUGAGAAUGCGGCCGCUGGCGCCGGCGCCAUGGAUGACAUCGAUUCGCGCAAAGGCGCUGUCGAGGUGAUGAAGCAGCUCUUCCGGCUGGCCAGACCGAACCUGCUGUGGAUUGUGCUCGCCCUGUGCGCCGGCGCCAUUGUCGGGGCCAGCUUUACGGGUGCCGGCCUCAUCCUGGGCAACACCGUCGGCAGCUUGAGCCCCUGCCACUCGGCCGAUCACAUUCGCUGGGCCGGCCGCUUCUUCGCCGGCCUCUUCUUCAUGCUCGCCUGCGUCGAGCUCGUGGCGAACUCGGCGAGCUGGGCCGGUUUCGGCUACGUCGCCGAGAAGCUCCUGUACCAGGUCCGCGUCCUCUGCUUCCGGUCGCUCUGCGAGCAGGGGCUGGACUGGCACCAGCAGGGCCGUCGCACGCCGGCCUCGCUCCUCUCGGUCAUCACGGCGGAUGCGGCCGCCAUCGGAGGCUUCAGCGGCUCCAUCCUGGGCACCAUGUACUCGAUCGUCAUCAACUUUGUCAUCGCCAUCACCGUGUCGCACGUUCUCAACUGGAAGAUUGCCAUCGUCUGCCUGGUCACGGUGCCGUUCCUGCUCGGAUCCGGCAUCAUGCAGCUGCGCGCGCUGUCGAGGUUCGAGCGCAAGCACGCCGGUGCCUUCUCGGCCGCCAUUGGCAUCACCGUCGAGGCGGUCAACUCGUUCAAGACGGUGUCGUCGCUCUCGAUCGAGCAGGAGGUGCUCGGGAGCUACCGGCGCGCGCUCGACGCACCGCAGAAGGAGAUGGCGCUCGCGAGCGCCCACGCCAACCUGUGGCUCGCCAUCUCCAACAGCACCGGCGCCAUGAUGUACGCCUUUGCCUACUGGUGGGGGUCGACGAGGAUCACCAACGGCGAGGCCACGACGACGCAGUUCUUCAUCAUCCUCAUCUCCAUGCUCGUCAGCGCCCAGCUCUGGGGCAACAUGUUCACCCUGGCGCCGGAAAUAUCGAAGGCGAGGGAGGCCGGCUCCCGCGUCUUGAGCGUCAUGGACCUCGCGUCGUCCAAGACGCUGCCGGACGACGACGACGCCGACGACGCGCGGGCCGGCGCCGACAUCGAGGCCGUCGCCGACGCCGGUCCCAAGCCGAGCUCCGGGAGCGAGGGCGCGACGGUCGUCUUCCGGGACGUGUCGUUUGCGUACCCCGCACGCCCGCACGUGCCGAUCCUGGAGGGCAUGUCGUUUACCGUGCAGGUGGGCCAGUUUUGCGGCCUCGUCGGGCCCUCGGGCGCCGGGAAGUCGACCAUCAUGUCCCUCGUCCAGCGCAUGUACCGUCCCACGGCCGGCAGGGUCGAGGUGGACGGUGUCGACGUCUGCGCGCGGCACGGCACCGACUUUCGCGACGCCAUCGCCGUCGUGCCGCAGGAUUGCGCGCUGUUCGACGGCACCAUCAAGUUCAACGUCGGGCUCGGCGCGACGCCCGGCCGCGCGGCGACGGACGCGGACAUUGAGGAGGCCUGCCGGCUGGCCAACAUUCACGACACCAUCGCGGCGAUGCCCGACGGGUACGAGACGGAGUGCGGCCCCAACGGCUCGCGCCUGUCGGGGGGGCAGCGCCAGAGGUUGGCCAUUGCGCGCGCGCUCGUGCGCAAGCCGCGGCUGCUGCUGCUCGACGAGAGCACGAGCGCGCUGGAUGCCGAGAGCGAACGGGCGCUGCAGGAAGGGCUCGAGCGGGCGGCCAAGGGCAUCACCGUCAUGGCCAUCACGCACAGGCUGCACACGGUGCGCAAGGCCGACGUCAUCCUCGUCGUCGAGGGCGGCCAGGUGGUGGACAAGGGCCGGCACGACGACCUGCUCGCGCGGAGCGAAAGCUACCGCGUCAAUGCGCUGCAGCAGAUGCUCGGCACCUAG